AUGGCAGUUUUGACAACUCUCCCCGAGGUCCUUACAUUCUCCCUUCUCUUGCUGCUUGUAUGGACUGCAGUUGAUGUCUAUGUGACGAGAUAUGGUCUUAUCCCCGCCGCCAGGCCCUUGACUAGAGUCCAUAACUGGUUCUAUGCCGCAGUCUCCCUCGUUAUGCUUCUUCAGAUCCUCCACGAUGAUGCCAAAGACAGCUUCACCAUCCGGUAUAUCUUCCAUCUCUCCAAGUUCUACGAAUCUCUCGACAUUCUCCUCGUCUGCGCGUCAGGUAGUCAAAUCGGCAGACCACUCGCCUUCCACCACUUCACAACGCCGUACCUCACCUACAUGCGAUACCUGAGUCACCACGGCGGAUGGCGCCCGUUUGCCGCUCUGAACAACUUGCACCACUUUCUUGUGUACACAUUCUUCGCCCGUGGGAUCAAAGCUAGUGCAAUUCUGAGAUCUGUUUUACCAUGCACGGGGAUUUUACAGCUGAUCGUGAGUGUCUGGGUUGAUAUGAUGUAUGGGCUGGACAAAUACAAUGGUGGAUCGGAGCCAUGGUGGCCGAACCUGGGUGCAGUGAUUCUCGUAGGCGGAUACUUUGUGCUCUUCUUCCAGGGAUUUGGCUUUCGUGUGGGACAGAAAUUAUUUCUCUUUGGGGGUGUUUUGGGCGUGUUUUUGAUAUUAAGGGCGUUGAUAGUGUAGACAGCAUUGCUGCCUGAGGCUGCGUAAGAAAAAGCUCGAUCCGGUUAGUGUGG